AUGAAAUCGUUUAUACGAUCCAUAGUAUCAUCUCCUAGGCAAUUGCAUUACGAUUCAGAAUCUGGCGUGCAGCUAGAUCUCUCUUAUAUUACCUCGCGUAUAAUAGUUUGUUCUGGCCCAGUAAAUAGCUCCAUAAAAUCAAUCUACCGAUACCCAGUUAAUAGCUUAGUUAAGUUUUUAAAUGCGAACCAUGGUGUAAAUUGGCAUAUAUGGAAUUUUAGAGGUGAAGAGCAAGGCUACGAGAAUGCUGAUGUUUUGGAUAAGAUGACCUACCUCCCGUUCCCUGACCAUCAGCCUCCCUCUUUAAAGAUUAUCGAGGAAGCAGUGAGAGGGAUCGAUCAAUUCUUGGAGGAAAAUAAAAAUAAUGUCGCUAUCUUGCAUUGCAAAGCCGGGAAGGGGAGAUCUGGCACGUUGUGUUGUGCCUACUUGAUGUAUAAGCACCACUACGAUGUUUCUACAAGCAUUACAUUGUACACAUCCAAAAGGAUGCAACCAUUUGCAGGGGACGGGGUUUCCAUAAAAUCUCAAAUCCGGUAUUUAAAAUACUGGGGGGAAUGUUUAAACAAUAAAGACCUAUACAAAUUCGCAAUCAAAAACAGCACUAAAGUCGCGGAAUACACCCUAGAUACAAUCAGAUUGGAAGGUCCAGUAGAAUGGCUCUUGUCUAAGAGCCAGGUUCAGAAAUUAAGUUUGCAACUAUUUACAUACAGGAUCAGGAAAGAUAUAUAUCCGACGAAGGGGAAUCGACUGCGCCAAAGAGGGUCGGUUCUGCUGCUCCUGCUACCUCUGGUACUAGAACUUGGGGUCGAGAUACAGCCCAUAUAUAAAGUGGAGGAAAGGGAUGUCUUCCUAGGUGACGACUAUAUCUUAAUUAAACCAUUUGAAAGUUUUAGCAUCGAUUCAGAAGACAUCCAAAUCAUUGUAAAGGGUUUAUUCUACUUUUGGUUCAAUAUCAAGUGCGAAUCGAUGAAAAAUUCGCAGCCAAAUGAGGUAAGCUUGACUUGGGACGAGAUUGACGGCUAUAAAGGAACGGAACUCAAGGGACCUAAGUUAUUCGAGAGUAUGAAGGUGACUUGGCAUUAG